GAAAAAUCAAAUCCCAUUUCAUUUCGUUUCCGCGUCAGCCGUCACUACUCCACUCCAUUUCCGCGUGGGUGCUGCGGCGUGCGGAAGUCAACUGAGCCGAGCGCCGCCGCUCCCUCUCCUCCUUCCUCCGCCCCGAAGUCCAAAAAUCCCCCAAAAUCCAGUGGGUUCCGGCCCAAAUCCCGCAGCGAUGUUCGGCGACUCCGACGGAUCCAAGGACCCCAGCUCCGGGGCGCCGCCGUCCAACCCCCCCGAGCCGCCCUUCCCCAACCGCGAGCUCACGCUCAGCAGCUACCUCUGCGACAAGCCGCCCCUCGCCUCCGCCGCGGCGGCGGGCCGCUCCUCGCCGCCCAACCCCGCGGCCGCUACCCCCGCCGACGACGCCGGCGCCAACGCCAAGCUCUGCGUCGAGCGCGACUUCCUCAACCUCUCCACCCCCAAGCGCGGGGAUCCGCCCGGCGACGACUCGUCCGUGGUUGGGGGUAAGAAGCCCCGCCUCGACUCCCUCCAGCUAUCGCUCUCCCUUCCCUCGGACGCGCCCGCGCCGCCGUCCUCCUCCCAGCCGCCUUCGCAGCUCGCGUCCCUCCUACCGGCCGCCGCCCUUCCGGUUGAUGGCGAUCUGCGGGCCGCCGCCGCGCCGCCCCCCAGGCGGACCUACAGCGCCACGACGGGGCGCACCCGGAGCAUCAACUCCGACGACAUGUCCUACUCCUACUCGGUGUUCUCGCACAACCCGAGCUGCUCCCUCACGCACAACUCCACCGACAUCUACGCCGCCGGGGAGGGCACCAACGGCUCCGUCCACAGCCGAUUCAACUUCCGCCCCAUGGGGGACGGCAGCGUCGCCUUCGCCACGGCGCCUCUCAAGGAGGGCACGCCGUCCUUCUUCCCCACAGAGCUCCCCGCGAGGAUGGUAGCGCCGGUGGCAUCGGUGCCCAGCACGGGCGGCAGCUUCGAUGGCAGCCGUGGCGGGCUGCACGCUUGGCGGCCUGAAAGGAUCCUGCGGGAGAUCGUGUCGGACUCCGUGGCUGCCAUGGCGCAGGUACUGCAGGAUUUCCCGAGCGAAACGCUGGAGGUGCUGCGGGAGGCGGUACGGGGCAUGAUUGAUGCUCCGGAGAAGAGGGAUGAGCUGGCCAGCCUGCAGCGGAAGCUGGAGCGUCGAUCGGACCUGACCGCCGAGGCCCUGGGGCGAGCGAAUAAGACGCAGCUGGAGAUCCUUGUGGCGAUCAAGACUGGUAUGGCUGUGUUUGUCACUGGUAAGGGACGAGUAUCAAGCAGCGAGCUUGCGGAGAUGUUCCUGAUGACGCGGUGCCGCAAUCUUAACUGCAAGAGCGCACUCCCAGUGGACGACUGUGAAUGCAAGAUUUGCGCCACCAGGAAAGGGUUCUGCAGUGCUUGCAUGUGCCCUGUCUGCCAGAAGUUCGAUUGUGCUGCAAAUACCUGCAGCUGGGUUGGGUGUGAUGUCUGCUCCCACUGGUGCCAUGCUGCAUGCGCGCUGGAGAGGAACUUGAUCAGGCCAGGGCCGACACUGAAAGGGGCGAUGGGCACUACUGAGAUGCAGUUCCAGUGCCUCGGUUGCAACCAUGCUUCUGAGAUGUUUGGAUUCGUUAAAGAGGUGUUCAAUUGUUGUGCGGAGAACUGGGCUGCUGAAACGCUGAUGAAAGAGAUGGACUUUGUUAGGAGGAUUUUUGCUGCUAGUGAGGAUUUCGAGGGGAAGGGGCUUCAUGCCAGGGCUGAAGAGGUCCUUAGCAUGCUUUCAAAGAAAACCAUUUCCCCUUCGGGCGCAACAAAAAGCAUGCUUCAGUUCUUCAAAUAUGGGGUUACGGACUACUCUGUUACCGGUAGCAAGUCCAAGGGUGUAUUGGCGGUGGCCCAGACGAGUCAAUCUACAGAUAUGCUUCAUUUUCAAACUCCUACCAUCACUCCACCAAAACCAUCGUUCAACUUUAAGCCCAGCACUUCCAUUCUUGAUACACAGCUAGAUGCGCUUAAGGCCAGCCCAAAACCACUCUCUAUUGAACCCCAUUUCAGCUCCACUUCAAAGGAUGAUGACUCCUCUAGCCUCGAAACCAUCGUCAAGUGUAAGGAAGCUGAGGCAAAACUCUUCCAGAAACUGGCUGACGAUGCCAGGAAGGAAGUAGAGAACUAUCACCAAAUCAUCCGCACCAAGACUCAGAAGCUGGAGGAGGAGUAUGCCACAAAGCUGGCAAAGCUGUGCUUCCAAGAGACAGAGGAGAAGAGGAGGAAGAAGAUGGAGGAGCUCAAGAUGCUCGAGAAUUCACACUAUGACUACCACAAGAUGAAACUGCGGAUGCAGACCGAAAUCCAGGGCUUGCUUGAGCGGAUGGAAGCCACAAAGAAGAUGUGGGUAUAGACUACAGUUAACAAUUGUCUGCUGCUGCGUAGUAGUAGUAGUAGUAGUACCUGAUGUGUUGUUGUUCAUUAGGGGAGCUUCUGAAUUGUUGUAUUCCUUCUUCAUCUUGUGUUAUGAGCUACCUGUUGUAACUUGUAAGUGGAUGCCUAACCUUGCGCUGGCAGAUAUUACUUGCCAGCAUUCAGUUAAUGGUUUUUCAGUUUGUGCUGUAUCA